GAUACUGGGAGGAGUGUAAAAGACUGCUGGGAUAACCCAGAUGCCCCUGCACUUUCCACUUGCAGCAAUGCAGAUAUAUUCCGCCGAAUAAAUGCCAUGUUGGACAACUCUCUGGAUUUCAGUGGAGUCUGCACCACGCCUGUCGCAAGAAGCAAACGUGAUGUCCCGCCAGACUUCCAGGACUCUGAAGAAGCAGUGGCAAGCAGGAUGCUUUUCCCCACAUCCACGCAAGAGUCUUCCCGUGGCCUCCCAGACACCAACGAUCUGUGCCUUGGCCUGCAGUCCCUCAACCUGACAGGGUGGGACAGACCCUGGAGCACCCAGGACUCUGACGCUGCAGCACAAACCAGCACACAGUCCGUUCUCAGCAUGCUGAAUAACCCCCUCGGGAAUGUCCUGGGGAAGCCCCCGCUGGGUUUCCUGCCUCUAGACCCCAUUGGUUCAGACUUGUCAGAAAAGUUUUCCACGCCAACGCUGAGGAACUCUCGCCUGGAUUCCCGCUCCCUCCUGGACUCUCGCUCCAGCAGCCCCUCAGACUCGGACACCAGUGGGUUCAGCUCUGGCUCCGACCACCUUUCAGACUUGAUUUCAAGCCUUCGCAUCUCCCCACCGCUGCCCUUCCUGCCCCUUAGUGGGGUGUCAAGAGACCCCCUCAAGAUGGGAGUGGGGUCCCGGCUGGAUCAAGAUCAAGCUGCCCUGGCUGCAGUCGCUUCCUCCCCUGCCAGUGCAUCGAAAAGAUGGCCUGGAGCAUCUGCGUGGCCUUCCUGGGAUCUCCUGGACUCUCCAGAAGACCCCUUCAGUAUUGAAAGAGAAGCCAGGCUUCACAGGCAAGCAGCAGCUGUGAAUGAAGCAACCUGCACCUGGAGUGGGCAGCUGCCUCCCCGAAACUACAAGAACCCUGUCUACUCCUGCAAAGUGUUCCUGGGAGGAGUCCCGUGGGACAUUACGGAAGCUGGACUGAUCAACACCUUCCGUGUGUUUGGCUCACUGAGUGUAGAGUGGCCUGGUAAGGAUGGCAAACACCCACGCUGCCCUCCCAAAGGUAAUAUGCCUAAAGGAUAUGUCUACCUGGUGUUUGAGUCGGAGAAAUCCGUGCGUGCUCUGCUCCAGGCAUGCUCCCAGGACCUGCUGAGUCCUGACGGGCUCAGUGAAUACUACUUCAAGAUGUCCAGCCGCAGGAUGCGCUGCAAAGAGGUGCAGGUGAUCCCCUGGGUGCUGGCAGACAGCAACUUUGUGCGCAGUCCAUCGCAGCGGCUGGAUCCCAGCAAGACUGUGUUUGUGGGGGCUCUGCAUGGGAUGCUGAAUGCGGAGGCCCUGGCAGCUGUCAUGUACGAUCUGUUCGGAGGGGUGGUCUAUGCUGGCAUUGACACGGACAAGCACAAGUAUCCCAUCGGGUCGGGCCGCGUCACCUUUAACAACCAGCGCAGCUAUCUGAAGGCGGUGACUGCUGCGUUUGUAGAAAUCAAAACUACCAAGUUCACUAAAAAGGUUCAGAUCGACCCGUACCUGGAGGACUCCAUGUGCCAAGUGUGCAGCACCCAGCCUGGGCCUUUCUUCUGCAGAGACCAGAUCUGCUUCAAGUACUUCUGCCGCUCCUGCUGGCACUGGCAGCACUCCAUGGAGGUCCUGCGUCACCACCGCCCGCUGAUGCGCAACCAGAAGAACAGAGACUCCAGCUCAAGAGGCUGGCGUGGGGCCGCCGCAGGCGCGGGAGAAAGUCCUUUUGUUAACCUGCCAAGCGGAGAGCGCACGAGCGUGCCUGCUGGUGCCGGACCCAGGCUGGGAACGCGCUUCCUGAGGACUAAUGGGGAAAAAAAAAAAUCUUACAUUCACGUUUGCACUUGCUGGUCUUUUUGUUUCUGCACUAAUGCACAGUGAAUUUUGUCGGGUUUUGUUUGGGGGGUUUUUUGAGGGGGGGGAGCACCCCUCAAGCGAUUCUGCAGUUCCCAGACUUUGGUUCCUAGUUUGCUGACGAGAAGCAAAAAAAAACAAAAUAAAAAAGGGCCACGUGUUGAGAAGGUGUUUAUGCAGAUGCCUUCACCUCGGUUUUUUAUUUAUUAAAGGCGCUUUUUUACAUUCCUUGCAAUACUGAUGGUAAUAAUGCAGGUCUCAUUGGCUCCAUUUUUUUGCAGUUGCCAUACAGUGCCUUUCCAUUCAUUUAACCCCCAUCUGAACGGCAUAAACUGAAUGUUCAGCUGGCGUUUUUUACUGUAACAACAAGGAGACUUUGCUCUUCAUUUAAACCAAAUCAUAUUUCAUAUUUUACGCUCGAGGGUUUUUACCAGUUCCUUUUUACACUCUUAAACAGUUUUUAAGUCGUUUGAAACGAGAGAUUUUUUUCUUUCCUGGCAGCUUUUAACAUUAUUGCAAUUUGUGUCUGGGGGCUGCUGGUGGAAAGUUGUAAAUCGAGGGGUUUGCAACAGAACAGGACAGGCUUUUUUUUGGAUUUGAAACUGGACCGGAUAAACGAUCUCUGAGCUGCUGUAUAUAGUUUUAAAUAGUUUGUUGCACUUUUUUAAGUUGCACUUGAGGGGGGUUGAUAGAGGUUUUUAAUCACACAAAGUCACAGGACUUAAAUUUUCUUUUGUAACUAGCUAAAAAAGGGCUGUGUUUCGGUGGACAGAUGAAGGUUCAUAGGAGCCCUUUCUCUUAGAGGGGACGAGUACUUUUUCCUUUCCUUUGC